AUGAAGGUCUCUAUUGUUUCUACCAUUCUUUCUGCUGCCCUGGCUACAGCAAGCCCUCACUUUGGUAUGGCUUCGCUAGAUAACUGGAAGCCCGCCGGCCACGGUGACUUCCGCGGUCCCUGUCCCAUGCUAAACACGCUAUCCAACCAUGGCUUCCUCCCACACGAUGGCCGCAACCUCACUCGUGAAGUCGUUAUCAAGGGUUUGUCGGAGGGAUUGAACUUCAACGCCUCGUUGGGAAGUUUGAUGUUUGACAUGGCGCUGGUUGCGAAUCCGGAGCCAAAUGCUACUUACUUUACCUUGGACAACCUUAACCGGCACAACGUGCUCGAGCACGAUGCAAGCAUGAGCCGCUCCGACGCCUACUACGGCAACAACCACGUCUUCAACUCCACCAUCUUCGACAAAACAAAAGCCUACUGGAAGAAGCCCGUUCUUGACGCCACGAUGCUCGCCAAUGGCAAGUUGGCGCGGCAGAUCCAGUCGCGCGCGUCGAACCCGAACUACACAUUUACCUCUUCGAUGGAGGAGUUCAGUCUGGGCGAGGUUGCGGCGCCGGUUAUUGCGUUUGGGGAUAUUCAGCAUGGCAGAGUCAAUCGGUCGCUGGUGGAGUAUUUCUUUGAAAAUGAACGUCUGCCCGCUGAGCUUGGCUGGACUAGGCCUGAAAAGGUCAUCAGUCUGGAGGAUAUUUCCAAGGUAACGGAGAUGAUUCGGAACGCUACUAGCCUGAUUACGCCGAGCAAGUCGGAUUCCGGUUCGGGGUCGACUAAGCGAGAUUUGCAUGGGGGGAUGUUUAGGUGA